UGCAACUUGAUGGCAACACCUUUGACCAAUUGCACUUGAAGCACUUUUUGCACUUACUACAGGUUUUUCCUUAUGUCUGAAUUCUUGCUUGUGUUGUACGUCGCUUUGGACCAAAGUGUCUGCAAAAUGAAAUUGUAGAAUUGUAGAAGGAGGUUGUUAGAAGCUGGUAAAGUUGUGAGAUAGUUCUGUCCUCCUUUUCUACUGUCUGAUGUUUCCCUUCUUAUCUUCAGGUAUUGAUCCAGUUACAUUCAUCAGUUUAGCAGGACUUGGUAGAACCAGCUGCUCAGUGGAGUUACAGUGUGAGUCUGCAGGCUGGUAUCCAGAACCUGAGGUGUUGUGGCUGGACGCUGAUGGAAACCUCCUCUCUGCUGGACCUACAGAGUCAGUCAGAGGUCCUGAUGACCUCUAUACUGUCAGCAGCAGAGUGAGUGUGGAGAAGAAACACGGCAACAAGUUCACCUGCAGAGUCCAGCAGAAGAACAUCAACCAGAGCAGAGAGGUUCUGAUACACGUUACAGAUGAUUUCUUUAAGGUCCAGUCCAGUAAAAACUCGACUAUAGUCGGUUUGGCUGUUAGUUUGUCUGCUGCCUUCAUCCUGUUCAUUGUUUUUUUUGUUCGCAAAAGAAGACAAAAGAGAAGAAAGAAGACUUUGGUCAAUCAAAAAGAAGAACAGAUUGGACUACUGGAGAGAAAUCAUUCAGAAACCAACAAUCAGCUCCACCAGGAGAAACAGAAAAUUGAGACCCUGAGGAAUCAGCUGGUAGAGUGGAAGAUAAAUCAUUCAGAAACCCAGUAUCAGCUCAAGGUGGAGAAACAGAGAAAUGAGAACCUGGAGUCUGAGCUGGAAGAGGUAGCCUCGAUGACUUCAGAAGUCCUCAAAAACAUCCUGGAUGAUCUGAAAGAUGAUGAGCUGCAUAAAUUCCAGUCGUUCCUGCAGCACCCCAAUAAUGUUCAAGGCCUCCCAGCCAUCAAAGAGAGCCGACUACAGACACUAGACAGGUGUGACACUGUGGAUGUGAUAGUGGAGAUUUAUGGACUUCAGAGAGCUGUGCAGGUGACCAGGGUGGUUUUAGAGAAGAUCCCCAGGAAUGAUCUGCUGGUGAAGAUUCCUGCCAGCAGCUCAGGACCAGAAGAUCAGACUGUUCCAGUACCAGAACCACGUCCCAUCACAUAUUACCAACAGAAGCUUCGGUCAAACUUCCAGCACACAUUUAAGGUUACAACAGAGGGGUGGGCAGCAGAUAAGCAGCAUCUGGUUGAUAUCUACACAGAGCUGUACAUCACAGCUGGCUGGGACGUGCAUGUCAACACACAACAUGAGGUCCUACAGAUUGACAAGGUGUGGAAGCCAUCAGACACAGAGACACAGAUCCAACCCAGAGACAUUUUGAAGCAUCCUUCUGGAAAAUACAGACCCAUCAGAACAGUGCUGACCAAUGGGAUUGCAGGGAUUGGAAAAACAUUCCUCGUGCGUAAGUUUGUGUUGGACUGGGCCGAAGACAGAACCAAUGAAGACGUGCAUCUUAUUUUCCCGUUCACUUUCCGUGCUCUGAAUUCAUUGCAGGGAAAAGAGCUUGGUUUGGCAGAGCUCAUUCAUUUCUGUAUCCCAGAAACUAAAGACGUCACAGUGGAGGCUCUGAAUUACAUCUUUACAGUUCUGCAGUCAUCAGGAAACAGCAGCUACAAGAAGAGCAGAUUCAAACUGCUGUUCGUGUUUGAUGGACUGGACGAGAAUCGCCUUCAUCUGGACUUUGAUGUCGACAACAUUCCCUCCGUGGAUGUAACAAAGUCAACUAAAAUCGAAGUCCUGCUGAGGGAACUUAUCAGUGGAAAACUGUUGCGCUCAGCUCGCCUCUGGAUAACCACACGACCUGCAGCAGCCAAUCAGAUCCCUCAAAACCUCAUCAACAUCACAACAGAGGUCAGAGGGUUCAUCAACUCACAGAAGGAGGAGUACUUCAGGAAGAGAUUCAGAGAUGAGGAGCAGGCCAGAAGCAUCAUCUCCCACAUGAAGAAGUCACGAAGCCUCCACAUCAUGUGUCACAUCCCAGUGUUCUGCUGGAUCACUGCUACAGUUCUGGAGGAGCUGCUGAAAACCAGAGAGGGAGGAGAUCUGCCCAGAACCCUGACUGAGAUGUAUGCAGAGUUUCUAAGAUUUCAGAUUGAUCACACAAAAGAAAAGUACGGUCCAGAGAAGUGCAUUCAGUUCAUUAAGUCAUUAGCUAAAUUGGCUUUUGAACAGCUGCAGAAGGGCAACCUGAUCUUCUAUGAGAAAGAUCUGAGAGAAAGUGGCAUUGAUGUGAGUGAAGCCACAGUGUACUCAGGAGUGUUCACACAGAUCUUUAAAGAGGAGAGAGGGCUGUACCAGGACAAGGUGUUCUGCUUCGUCCAUCUGAGUGUUCAGGAGUUUCUGGCUGCUCUUCACAUCCAUCAGACCUUCAUCAACUCUGGAAUCAACUUGCUGGAAGAAGAACAACAAACAACCGCCAACAAACCUGAUCCAACAGGUUUCUACCAGAGAGCUGUGGACGAGGCCUUACAGAGUCCAAAUGGACACCUGGACUUGGUCCUGCUCUUCCUCCUGGGUCUGUCCCUGCCGACCAAUCAGAAUCUCCUACCAGGCCUGCUGACACAGACAGGAAGUAGCUCACAGACCAAUCAGAAAACAGUGGAGUACAUCAAGGAGAUGAUCAGUGAGGAUGUGUCUGUAGAGAGAAGCAUCAAUCUGUUCCACUGUCUGAAUGAAUUGAACGAUGUUUCUCUAGUGGAGGAGAUCCAACAGUCCCUCAGAUCAGGACGUCUGUCCACAGAUAAACUGUCUCCUGCUCAGUGGUCAGCUCUGGUCUUCAUCUUACUGUCACCAGGAGAACAUCUGGACGUGUUUGACCUGAAGAAAUACUCUGCUUCAGAGGAGGUUCUUCUGAGGCUGCUGCCAGUGGUCAAAGCCUCCAAGAAAGUUGUACUGAGUGGCUGUAAUCUGUCAGAGAGAAGCUGUGGAGCUCUGUCCUCAGUCCUCAGCUCCCAGUCCUCCAGUGUGACAGAGCUGGACCUGAGUAACAACAACCUGCAGGAUUCAGGAGUGGAGAGUCUUUCUGCUGGACUGGAGAGUCCACACUGUAAACUGGAAGCUCUCAGACUUAAUAACUGUAAUCUGUCAGAGAGAAGCUGUGGAGCUCUGUCCUCAGUCCUCAGCUCCCAGUCCUCCAGUGUGACAGAGCUGGACCUGACCAACAACAACCUGCAGGAUUCAGGAGUGGAGAGUCUUUCUGCAGGACUGGAGAGUCCACACUGUAAACUGGAAGCUCUCAGGCUGUCAGGCUGUCUGGUCACAGAGGAAGGCUGUGCUUCUCUGGCCUCAGCUCUGAGCUUGAAGACCUCAAAUCUGAGAGAGCUGGACCUGAGCUACAACCAUCCAGGAGACUCAGGAGAGAAGAUGCUGAGAGCUAAAGUGGAGGAUCCACACUGUAGACUGGAAACUCUCAGGGUGACGCCUGCUGGAGUCCAAUGGUUGACACCAGGUCUGAGGAAGUAUUCCUGUCAACUCACAGUCGACACAAACACAGUAAACAGAAACCUCAAACUGUCUGACAACAACAGGAAGGUGACAUUAAUGGAGGAGGAUCAGUCAGACAGACCUGAUCAUCCAGACAGGUUUGACUACUGGAAACAGCUGCUGUGUAGAACUGGUCUGACUGGUCGCUGUUACUGGGAGGUGGAGUGGAGAGGAGAUGUUUAUCUAUCAGUGAGUCACAGAGGAAUCAGAAGGAAAGGAUACAGUGAUGACUGUUGGUUUGGAUCUAAUGAUCAGUCCUGGAGUCUGUUCUGCACUGAUCGUCAUGGUUACUCUGUCAUUCACAAUAACAGUCAAACAUCCAUCAGGUCCUCCUCAGUCUCUGACAGAGUUUCAGUUUAUGUGGACGUUCCUGCUGGAACUCUGUCCUUCUACAGAGUCUCCUCUGACUCUCUGAUCCACCUCCACACCUUCAGCACCACAUUCACUGAAACUCUCUAUCCUGGAUUUGGGGUCUACUGGUCCAGGUCUGGUUCCUCCUCAGUGUCUCUGUGCUGAGUUGAGUCUCCAGAGUCUCCUCCUGGUACAGAAACAGUGUUGAACAGAUAGUUGAGUCUCUCCAUGACUCUGUCCCUCACAAACAUGUUUUCACAUUCAUGGAUUAAAUGUGUUUCUUUGUCAAAUCCUUCUAAA